CAGGCUGAGAAAAAGCUCCAGGUUCCUUGCGGAAUGACAACUCUUGUUCCUGCGACCCUCUCCUUCCUUCUCCUCUGGACCCUGCCAGGGCAAGUCCUCCUCAGAGUGGCCUUGGCAAAAGAGGAAGUCAAUUCUGGGACCAAAGGGCCCCAACCUAUGUCCCCCUCUGAUUUCCUGGACAAGCUUAUGGGACGAACAUCAGGAUAUGAUGCCAGAAUUCGACCCAAUUUUAAAGGCCCACCUGUGAACGUGACUUGCAGCAUCUUCAUCAACAGUUUUGGCUCUGUCACUGAGACUACUAUGGACUACCGGGUGAAUGUCUUCUUGCGGCAACAGUGGAAUGACCCACGCCUAGCCUAUGGAGAAUAUCCUGAUGACUCUUUGGACCUUGAUCCCUCCAUGCUAGACUCUAUCUGGAAGCCAGACCUGUUCUUUGCCAAUGAGAAAGGGGCCAGUUUCCAUGAGGUGACCACAGACAACAAGUUACUGCGCAUCUUCAAGAACGGGUAUGUGCUCUACAGCAUCAGGCUGACCCUCAUUUUGUCCUGCCCAAUGGACCUCAAGAACUUCCCCAUGGAUAUCCAGACCUGCACGAUGCAGCUGGAGAGCUUUGGCUACACCAUGAAUGACCUCGUGUUUGAGUGGCUGGAAGAUGCUCCUGCUGUCCAAGUGGCUGAGGGGCUGACUCUGCCCCAGUUUAUCUUGCGGGAUGAGAAGGAUCUAGGCUACUGUACCAAGCAUUACAACACAGGGAAAUUCACCUGCAUCGAGGUAAAGUUUCACCUGGAAAGGCAGAUGGGCUACUAUCUGAUUCAGAUGUACAUCCCCAGCCUACUCAUCGUUAUCCUGUCCUGGGUCUCCUUCUGGAUCAACAUGGAUGCCGCCCCUGCUCGUGUGGGCCUAGGAAUCACCACUGUGCUCACCAUGACAACUCAGAGCUCUGGCUCCCGGGCAUCUUUGCCUAAGGUGUCCUACGUGAAGGCAAUCGACAUCUGGAUGGCUGUGUGCCUGCUCUUUGUGUUCGCUGCCCUGCUGGAGUACGCUGCUGUCAAUUUUGUCUCCCGUCAGCAUAAGGAAUUCAUGCGACUUCGAAGAAGGCAGAGGCGCCAAUGUAUGGAGGAAGAUAUCAUCCAAGAAUGUCACUUCUAUUUCCGUGGCUAUGGCCUAGGCCACUGCCUGCAGGCAAAGGAUGGAGGUCCAAAGGAGAGUUCUGACAUUUAUACCCCCCAACCUCCAGCCCCUCUUCUAAGGGAGGGAGAAACCAUGAAGAAACUUUACGUGGAGCAAGCCAAGAGGAUUGACACCAUCUCCCGGGCUGUCUUCCCUUUCACUUUCCUCAUCUUCAACAUCUUCUACUGGGUUGUCUAUAAAGUCCUACGGUCAGAAGAUAUCCACCAGGCACUGUGAAUAGGGUACGGCUAAGGGCUAGAAAGUCCAGCUGUUGUCUUCCUGCUUCUUCCUG